AUGGCUGACGACUCAGAUGAGGAACAAGUAGGUGAAGAACAAUUAAAAGAAGAAGAAGCAGUACCACAAAAACCUAAGAAGAUUUUUAUUAAUCAUCUUGAUUCAUAUCAUGGAAAACAUAUUGCUCGAAUAUUUGCACGAGCAAAACCGGGUGCAACAGGUGAAACUGUAGAAGAAGAAGAGGCUCUUGAAGAAGAACAAGCUGAAGAAAAACAAAAAAAAUUAUAUGAUGAACAUCCUAUUGAUGAUGGUUGGAAAAUAUCAGGAACAAUUAAAAAUAGUCAAGGUUAUAAACGACCACCAUUUGUUCAAGAAAUUAUUCAAUAUAAAGAUCGUAAUCAAUUAGGUGAUUAUCUUAAAGAAAUGAAUGUUAUCAUUUACGAUAUUACUCAAGAUCCUGAACAAAUUGAUGAAGCUGUAUGGACUUGUCAAAAAUUAGAAUCAAUUAUAAAUGAACUUGAUCAUCCAAUAACAUUUAUUCUUCUUUCAACUGUAAUGACAUGGGCAAAAACACAACCAAAUGAAGAUGAAGUACCAUUUUCUGAAGAUGAAUUUCGUCGUCGUCGAGCUCAUCCAAAUUUUAAAGAACAUCAUAGUGCUGAAAAAUUAAUAACUAAACUUGGUUUAACAAAUAAAAAAAAAUUAACAACAUAUAUUGUUGCUACUGGUUUAACAUAUGGAAUGGAAGAAAAUGUUUUUCAUUAUAUGUUUAAAUCAGCAUGGCAUAAUGCAUCUGAACUUCAAGUAUUUGGUAAAGGUGGAAAUUUUUUACCAACAAUUCAUGUUAUAGAUCUUGCUGCUGUUUUACAAAAUUUGGCUGAUCGUCAAUUGAAAACACGUUAUGUUGUUGCUACUGAUACAAGUAAAGAUACAUUAAUACGUAUUACACGUAAAGUUAGUCAAACACUUGGAAUGGGUAAAAUAAAAAUUGUUGAUCAAGAAGAUGCAAUGCUCAAUCGAGAUAUAUCGCAAGCUGAUUAUGAUAUGUUACUUGCUAAUAUGCAAUUUGAACCAAUUUUUAUUCGUGAACAAAUGAAUAUAAAAUGGCAUUGUGAAAAUGGUAUUACAGAAAAUAUUCAAAAGAUUAUUGAUGAAUAUCGUAUUCAACGAAAAUUAACACCAAUUAAAAUUUGUAUUCUUGGUCCACCAGCAUCAGGAAAAACGACAAUUGCAAAACAAUUAGCACAAGAAUAUAAAUUACAUCAUCUUCAAAUAAAAGAUGUUAUUGAAGAUACGAAAAAUGAAUUGGAACAAUUAGUAAAACGUGAUGGUGAAAGUGAACAAAAUGAAGAAGAAGCUGAUGAUCAAGAUGUUGAUGAAACAUUAGCAGAACGUAUUGAAGAAGCACGAAGUAUUUUAGAAAAACUUGAAGAAGUUCGACGUGAUUCAAAAGAUGCACGUUUGGAUGAUGAUAUUUUAACACAACUUUUUAAAAUAAAACUUAUGUCACCACCAUGUCAAAAUCAAGGUUAUAUACUUGAUGGUUAUCCAAAAACAUUAGAUCAAGCACAAAGUUUAUUUGGAGCAUCUGGUGAAGAAGAAGAAGAAGAUGCUGAAGAUAAAAAACCACCAGUAAAUGAACGAAUUAUUCCUGAACAUGUUAUUAUACUCGAUGCAAGUAAUGAAUUUCUUCGUCAACGUAUUAUGCAUUUACCAGAAAAAGUUGUUGCCGGUACACAUAAUACUGAAUUAGAAUUUAAACGUCGUUUAAAAAUUUAUAAUGAACUUGGUGAUGAUUCACAUCCAGGAAAAUUUUUCGAAGAUGUUGAUCGACCAGGUGAAACAAUAAAAAUUGAUGAUGAUCGAAGUAUAAAUCAUCGAAAUAUAGUUGAAAAAAUCAUGGAACGUGUUAAAGAACCUCAUAAUUAUGGUCCAACACCUGAAGAACAAGAACAUACAAAACGUAAAGAAUUAAAUGAAAAAGAAAAACGUGAACGUGAAGAACGUGAAGAACGUGAACGUGAUGAACAAGAAGCAGCUAAUGAUCGUAUGAAAAAACAAAAAGAAUGGACAGCAAAAUUAGAACAAAUAAAACGUGAAGAAUUUGAAAUGCUUGAUGCACAAUCAACACCAUUAAGAAAUUAUCUUAUGGCACAUGUUAUGCCAACAUUAACAAAAGCAUUAAUUGAAUGUUGUCAAGUACGACCAGAAGAUCCAGUUGAUUUUGUGGCUGAAUAUCUUUUCAAAAAUAAUCCUCAAGUUUGA